AGAGGGACUACUCGUAGUCUAAACUCUGGCCAUCUUAUCGAAUUUAGUAUUUAUAUAUAUUUAGCGGAGCCGAAGGCAUUCCCGCUCGCUCUUACACUUGGUUUUAGUGGGGCCGCUCUUCUGGUGUUGCUGUUCAUUGUUAUACUGUUGAUCCGUCAUCACCGUGGAAAGUAUCGGGUCGAACAGAAAAGACGGGAAGCCCAGAAGAAAAAAGAGACUGAGCUAGAAAUGGAGGUACAGCAGCCUGGGAACGACGUAACCGUGAACCCCGAGGUGGUUUAUCAGUUGGAGAACGCCGCACUUGACACCAGUGAUGAAGGAAUAACCAACGCAAGUCCAGCUCCAGAAAAUACCACCGACUAUGCUACAUCAAUCGGCGAUUCAUCACAACCUCAUUUAAGCGUGGCUGAUCCCGCUGUGGAAACUGCUCAAGAACAACAAGCAGAUGCGCAAGGGAAUGCAGACAGCCUCGACAAGCAAAUGCUCGAAAAAGGCGACAAAAAUGACGACCAGUCAAACAAAGAAUUUGAAAUGUCUUCACUGAAGGGGGAAAAAGGUGGAAUCUCUGUGCUCAUUGCCAGAUACGAUUCAUCAGUGGACAAGCUUUUAAAUCUGAUAUGUGAUGGAGCUCAAAAGAGCGAUGAACGAGAAAUCCAGAACUGCGAGCCAUUGAUUCUCAUCAAGCAAAUGGAAGACGCACUUCAAGAAAUCAGGAGACCACGCAAACAACAAGAAGAGGAGACUGCAAUUCAGAAGAUGGAAAAUACCAUUAAAGCCUUGCGACUUGCAUACGAAGAUUCAAACAUCACCGGAUAUAGUAAUUUGCUGCCUUUGAUGGAGGAGCUCAAGGAGAACGUCGCUGUUUUGGAAAAAGCUGCAAAUAAAGAAGGAUGCGUUCUUCCAGAAGAAAACGAAACUGCAUUCUAGUCUACUACAGGAUCAAAACAAACAUGAACUCAUUUAUCCAUGAGGUUCUCAAAUAAGCUCCAGGAAUUGGUGAGAAUCACCACUGUUCUCGGUCACGUGUAUCCAAUAACCAUGCAUUCAGAUUUGAGUGCAGAAAUUGAUCCUCAACGAUUCUGGUCAAGUUACCGUAAAUCCUCGAAUUAGCACCCCCUUCCAACCUCGAAUAAGCGCCCCUCCUAUCGGCCGAAAUUUAAAAUA